CUCUUAAAUUUUCAGUUCAACUUUAACUAUGGCGUUCGCUAGUCGUCUAGCACCUCGAACUUUGCAAUUUUCGCAAAAUUUUUCACAAAUCAAUCGCAAUUUCGGAUAUUUUCGCAAUGCUAAAAGUGCCUCAAAAACUUACUUUCGUACUUUUUGUAUAAUCGGUGGUGGAAUUGUUGCAUUUACAUGUGCAAAUUUGGUAAAAUCGAAUCAAGUUCAAGCGAUGAAUCUGAAAAAAUUAAAACCAAAGGAAGACGAACGCUUUGUUAAACUCACAGCUCGAGAACGGAGGUUUAUCAAGUUUUCUUCCGUUGAAUACAAUGGUCAACUUUACAUGACACCUUUAGAUUUUUUGGACUCUGUUGUUGAGCAGGAACCUCGACCUCGAUUGAAAAGGAGAGCAUUAACUGAUAAUGACAUUGAAAAAAUUAAAGAUGCCACACCAGCAUUGAAAAAAGGAUCAGUUAAUAUGUUUAGAGACUUACGAGACAAAGGAAUUAUUUCUUAUACAGAAUAUCUGUUUCUUCUGUCGAUUUUGACGAAACCACAAUCAGGAUUCCGCAUUGCAUUCAACAUGUUUGAUACUGACGGCAAUCAACGGGUUGAUAAAAAUGAAUUUUUAGUGAUUCAAAAAAUUUUGGGCGGUUCGUUGCAAAAACAUCAAAUAGACGAAGAAACACGUAGAAUUCUCCAACGAUUGGUUUCCCCUGAUGAAGCGAAAUUCCUUUUUGAGAGAAAUAAUGAUAAAAAACAAAUGAAGAUAAGUUUUAUGGAAAAAAUUUUCAGUGGAGCAUGGAAAGAUAAACGUGGGCUAACAGAAUCCGAAUCAGAUAACCCCGAAAAGGAACAGGAGGAAGAAGAUGAUCAAGACAGUUACAUCGACGAUGAAGAAGGCCUACAACGCAGGCAUAAGGUCGAUACAACUCUUCAAGUGCAUUUCUUUGGUCGAAAAGGAAACCAAGAUUUAAAUUAUGAUGGCUUUUACAAAUUCAUGGACAACUUACAAACUGAAGUCCUCGAACUUGAAUUUAGUGAAUUCUCUAAAGGAAACCCAGCUAUUACAGAAGUGGAUUUCGCCAAAAUCCUUCUACGUUAUACUUAUUUGGAUACUGACGAGUAUGAUAUGUUUUUAGAAAGAUUACUGGAUCGGGUUAAGGAUGAAAAAGGAAUUAUGUUUCACGAGUUCAAAGAUUUUUGUCGUUUUUUGAAUAAUUUAGAUGAUUUCACAAUUGCCAUGCGAAUGUACACUUUGGCAGAUCGUUCUAUUUCAAAAGAUGAAUUUUCCAGGGCUGUAAUGAUUUGUACAGGCUACCAGCUUACAAGUCACUUGAUUGAAACUGUAUUUGCUAUUUUUGAUGAGGAUGGCGAUGGCCUUUUGUCUUAUAAGGAGUUUAUUGCAAUCAUGAAGGAUCGACUUCAUCGUGGCUUCAAAUCAACACCAAUUAGAGGGUUUAAUGGAUUUAAACAGUGUCUAAGAGACGAAAUGAAUCCAGUCAGUGUCAGAUGAAGUGUAUUGGUUGGCGCAUAAUUUUUAACCUUGAUGUUAAAAUCAAAAUUUAUACCUAUAAGAUAUAAAAGUUAUUAUGCAAUAUUAAAUUAACUAAGCUAAUUUUGUCAAUAUUUAAAACAAAAAAAUCAACAAAGUUUUCUUUUUGCAAUUUAAAAAAUUCUUAAUUUAAGCCUGUUAUUAACUUAUCAAUUCGCAUUUUGUUAUCUAUAAAAAGUAUUUAUUUCAUUCGAAUUCUUGUAAGCAUUUUUUAGUUGUAUUUUUUGCAAUGAAUUUGUUUAUUAUAAGUUAAUAGAAUUUUUUGUUGGCAAGUGUAUUUAUUUCUUCAAAACUAAAUUAUUUAUUUGUUAUUAUUGCUUUUGAGUUUUUGUUGUGAUGUAGAAAAAUAAAUUUGAAAUAAUUUUAAUGUUGUUGGUAAACUCUAAUUUAUAUUGAUUGGUUAGAACCUUUUGUUUGUUAUGUACAAAUGUACUUAAAAAUUAAAUAAAGAAAUUAUUAUUU